AUGCCGAUGGGCGCUACUAACGCACCACGACACUUCCACCACGUCAUGGGGAAGAUACUCAGCCAUCUGCCGUUCGCCAGCGAGAUACGCUACUACCAAGAUGAUAUAUUCAUCUCCGCCACCGACCAACGACAACUCAAAUACCGAUACGAACAGGCUAUCAAAUACCUCAACAACUGCCACUUUCAAAUCAAUCAUACCAAAUCGCAACUCAAGUGUACAGAACUACUGGGUUAUACUUUGCAUAACCACCAACUAUCAAUCCCUCAACCGAAAUGGGACCGCAUAGACCAAAUGCUUAAGUCAAACAACCUACCGCUGAUCAAACGAGCGGCACAAACGCUCGCUUACUACAAGCACACACUGACCGACAACCAGCUGCUGACUAUACGUAAACUACUCACCAACAAGGUGAAGGAUACCGACAUACUGACUAUAUACUCCAAAGCCCUAGCGGCGAAACCGGCAAAGACCUUUACUACCGCCUCGGGCAAACCGCUAAGACUGUACCUAGACACUUCAAACCAGGCCGCAGGGCUAGUCCUAAAGCAAGCCGAUAAUACGCUAAUGACUAACUCAAUUCCGCUUCCGGCGGUCCACAAUUAUGCUAACUCUAAUGAAGCUCAAGGAGCAUAUAUACUAACCAAACGAUACUUAUCCCAGAUUAAAGACUACGUUAAGACCACAGCUGCCGAACUCCAAGUGUUUACCGAUAAUGCACUACUUGCUAAGUCCUUGGCUUCGCCAAUAAAAAUAAACCCGGAUACCGAAACCAUGUUUUACGCACGCAAGAUUAAGGUACUGAUGCAGACAAUCAAGACGAGCAAAUUAUCCUUCCAUUAUGUGCAAGGGAAACUUAACCCUGCCGAUAUUCCGUCAAGACGAAACCACAAAUCACAAGACCAACCAAAACGCAACGCACGAUUUAACGCAAAAAUUUCCGCACACUUCCGGACACCACUACACUACGAUCGCACACCAAAUCAGAACCGCACACUAACUCGACCACAACCAUCAAAUCCAGAUCGCACACAACCAGAUCUAAGAUCUAGAUCUGAUCUAGAUCUAACGGAAAUACCAGAGAAUACCAGAAAAAGACCGAUUAUUUCGGAGACGACGAGCACUACAGAACCAACACAGACAACGGAGACUGAUCUGAAGAGACGCCGUCUCCCCACUUAA